AGAUCAUCCCCUUGGACUCGUAGUGAUCCAAACGUCAUCGGCAAACUUACGACUCUAGUGUGAUUCUUACAUUGGCAUUUAAAAACCACAGAAAGACAACCACCUCUAAAUCUUGAAAACAACCCACAAAAGGAUGAAAGAAACAGACCAAGUCGUCCAAGAAUUUCAUAGCCUCGUCAACAUGUCCCCAUCCGAACUACAAGCAUGGUUACAAACUGACGAGUCCCUAAACGUUGGAAUGACAAGAGAGAAUGAAGACGAAGCUGUUGGACAUCAAAGUGGUAGAAAGAUUAUCGAAAUCCUUGAACGGCAAGACCAAUACACUGAUCAAGAUAUUUCUCAUAUGCGGAAAGUGGUUUCUUAUAUUAAGCGGCAUUUGGCUCAACGGCAUCGAAUCAAGAGUGGUAAUGUUGAGCAUACGAGGUGGGCUUAUAGUUUAAAGAAUUGGGGACAUGAUCCUGUCAAGGUUGAAGAGUGAUUUAUAGGGGUGGAAUAUUUUGGAGGAAUGGGACGAUUUUGGUUUUAGGAUGGGAGGUUUUGAUGUUGAAGAUGACGAUUAUAGGGAGUCUAUUUUACGUACUUCAUGUCCUGCUGUACAAUGUUCAUUUUGGACUUGACAGUGUAAACCGUUUCUUGUUAAUUCGGCAUCGCCUUUGAGCAGAAUUUCUGUCCAUCGC